GAUGGAUGGACAGACGGAUGGAUGGAUAGGUGGCUGGCUGGAUGGUGAGAUGGAGAGAGAAAUAGUUGAUGGAUGAUUGGAUGGAUGACUGCAAUGAGAGGGACUCAGGAGAAACCCAAGGUUCUUGGGUACACGGGCCUCAGGGCCAUCUUGUGUUUCUGUUGGUGUCAUGUCAGGGAGAAGGGAACUGGCCUGGAGUCCGAGGUCCUGACUGGCAUGUAGGUCACACAUACUUGGACAAGUUCCCUCCUUAUCAGUGUCACUGCACCUGCACAGUGGGGACAGUCCUCCCUACUCUGCCAGCUGUGCUGGGUUUUCCCAAGGCUUGGGGAGAUAGCAAAGCAGAAAUGACCUGGAAAAGGAUAAGGGACAUUGUCCCCUUGUCAAGUGUAUAUGUGCAGGCAGACAGAGCCGGCCAAAAGGCAGUGUGUGUUGCAGUGUGGGGCUGUGUACUUGGCUUUCUUUCCCUCCUUUCAAAUUCCUUUUAAUACAGUUAUGAUGUUGUUAUUUAUAACAAAAAGUAAAAUUGUGUAACUGUCUCAAGUACUUACAGAUGGAAGCUUUUAUUACGUUGACCCAAAAAAUGGUUGUUUGGCACCCAAAUGCAGGAACCAGACCUAUGGGGACAGGGACGGCCGAGGCGGGGAGGGUGAGCGGAGGCUGUCCCGUGGUCAGAGGGCCCAGAACUAGUUAAAGAGCAACUCCUGGUUCCUGAGCCCUUGAGACCACCCAGUUCACUCUGUCCUCGGUCAACUGGCCUCAGAGAAUGCCCACAUUCAACACUGACUUUGCUUGCACUGUGUGGCCUCAGCUUGGCUGAUGUGUGCCCGCUGGGGCCCUCUCGGUGGCUGUGUGCAGGAGGGCUCACUUAGGUAGGAAUUCCUGCACCCAGUACAUACAGGCGACUACGAACGAUCACCCUCACACACCCACACAUGGAGCGCUCACACCUGCAGCCUGGCUGCCCUGGCAGUACACACACAUACCCCAGAGGCACCUGCUCCCCCAGGACGGAAACAUUCAAGGAGCCCGUAUCCUCAGCCCGUUCCCAGGAGGCUUUGCAGGACCACACACAGAGAAGGGGGUGCAGGGAAGGGGGCCCGAGAAUGCACAAGGCGGACAGGCUCUUUGAUUUCCUAAAAGAGCCCAGAGUGGGGAGUUCACUAGCUGCAUUUAUUAAGCACCUAUUGUGUGCAAGGCACUGACUCUUGCACUGGGGGAUCAGCCUCAGAUGAGCAGAUAUGGCCUCUUCCUUGAACCAGGAAGACAAUUCAUUUGAAGAUGUUGUGUCUUGUAAAUCAACUAUACUCCAAUAUAAAAUAAAAAUGAAGAAAGAAGAUAUUAUGUCAUGGCCAUCGUGGUUUGUGUGACCCCACAGACGGGGAGGAGGUGAGGGGUGAUGUUCGAGAGACUCCUGCAGGAGGGGAGUUAGGGGUAGAUGGUGGGAGAUGAGGCCAGGCAGGGGGGUGGGAGUGGGGGCAGACAGGGCCAGGCUCUGGGGGGCCUUAGAGAGGCUGCCAUAGGAGUGUUGCCUUUAUCCCGAGGGCUGUGGGAAGGACCUGACGCCAGCAGGAUGAAGCUGCCUUCCUGGAUUCUUAUUUUCUAGGGCGGAACUCUAGAUCAGGGGCAUGGCUGGCUGGAGCCUCUGGGCUCCGAGGGCUCUGCCACCAUCCUCUCUAAAUGCGGAGGCCCAGCUGCCUCUGCCCCCUCCCCCCAAGGUACCAAACAAUCUUCGUGCCCUGGCCAGGGAGGCGGAUGACCUCACUGGACUCUUUCCAUCUCUCGCUCUCAUAGAGAAAUUACAAUUUAUAAUUGGAUGAAACCACGUGGGUGUAACAGCAAUAAGGCCGGGGCUGGAGCCCAGCCUUGUGUGGGGACUUUGUCCUCAUCUUCCCUCCUGCCCGGUCCCUACCCUGCCCCAUCCCGGGGGGCUGCACCCCACCCGUCUGCGAGUAUCUGCCAGACCCUAGCCAUUCAGGGCUGCUGGGCUCUUAAACCUUGUUGCUUCUCAAACCUCCUUGCCCCUGGGGAAGCUUGUCCCAGGGGCUUCCUGCUUAUUACCCCGUCACCCCGUCAGCCUCAGCCUGCCCUCUUCCUGGCCUGCACCUGCAGCUCCUCCCACAUGCCCCCCUGCAAGGCUGGGCACCCAGUGGGCAGUGACCCCCUGCAACUGUGCUCUAGACUUAUUAAAACACGCACCUGAAAUAUCCUUGUUUUUAUUUGCCACAGCCCCAGACAACACACAUUUCUCAAAUCAGCCACCUUCGGCCCUACAAAGAAAAGUGCCCAGAUGCAGCCGAGCCCGUCUGGAUCGGAUUUCAAACCAGAGCUAACACUCUCAGAUGUGUAAUAAAAGCCCUCUUCCAAAGAGGGCUCCUGCAGGCCGAAUGCAGACACCGGCCGGUGAGAAGGCAGGGAGUGGGUGAGAAGGACCCCUUCUUGGACAGACAAGGCUGGGGAUGAAGCAGGAAUAAGCCGUCCCCACCUCCCCAGCAGGAAAACCUUUCCACAAACAGGAGCAGCCAAGCAGGACUGAGCGGCCCCAACAUCUUCCCAAGGAGGGCAGGUGAGGCCUGACAGCUCGGCAGCGCAUGUCAGCAGCUCCAGCCCCGCCGUGAACAUCUGAACUCCUCAGCAGGGUAAUGGGCCCCCUCCUUCCCCCCGGAGACACAGCCUGAGUGGCAGGAAUACCGAUUCUGUGGAGGGUGGCUCCUUCUCGGCUCUGUCACGCAAGAACGCUCUCUGCACCAGAGCCCAUUCCGCCAAGUGACUUAAAGGGAUUAAAAAAACAAAAAACAAAAACUUGGUAAAGAAAAAGAGGUAAAAGCCACGCAGGAGCCUUGCACAGGAGGUGGCGGCCAACAGACAAAAGAGUGAAAGUUGAAAGGGGGCGGCGAGGCCACCCUCCCCGGAAUGGACGCUGGGUCAUAGGGCAUGCCUGGGCGGCAGGGGCCCAGAACACCUUCAGGCCUUGCUAGGGAGUCCUGGGGCCCCGGGGGGCGCCCCUGCCGGCCCCUCACACAAGCCCCUUCUUCGGAGGGGAGAAGCCAGCAGUGCUCCAGGCCAGGGGCGUGGGGGAUGUUGCUCUGGACCCGCAGCCACGUCUGAACACGAGGAGCCCAGGAGGGCGCAGCACUGGGUCUCCUCCCUGCGGCCCAAGCGCCCCCAACACUACCCAGGAGCCCGGGUCUGCGGUCUACGCCCCGAGUGCCAAGGCUCGUGGGCUGGAAUGUAAGCACGACCCAGGCCCACCCCGACGGAAGCGUGGCAUCAACGCGAGCUCCCAGGCUGCAGAGAGGGAGGUGCAGAGGCUGCACAUCAGGUGGGGCCCGCGGUUCCCCCAGCCGUCCACCAUGGUGGUGGCACACCCCACUGCCACUGCCACCGCCACCCCCGCUGCCACGGUCACGGCCACCGUCGUGAUGACCACAGCCGCCAUGGACCUGCGGGACUGGCUCUUCCUCUGCUACGGGCUCAUCGCCUUCCUGACGGAGGUCAUCGACAGCACCACGUGCCCCUCUGUGUGCCGCUGCGACAACGGCUUCAUCUACUGCAAUGACCGGGGGCUCACCUCCAUCCCCGCCGACAUCCCUGACGACGCCACCACGCUCUACCUGCAGAACAACCAGAUCAACAAUGCGGGCAUCCCCCAGGACCUCAAGACCAAGGUCAACGUGCAGGUCAUCUACCUGUAUGAGAACGACCUGGACGAGUUUCCUGUCAACCUGCCCCGCUCCCUGCGGGAGCUGCACCUGCAGGACAACAACGUGCGCACCAUCGCCCGCGACUCGCUGGCCCGCAUCCCGCUGCUGGAGAAGCUGCACCUGGACGACAACUCCGUGUCCACCGUCAGCAUCGAGGAGGAUGCCUUCGCCGACAGCAAGCAGCUCAAGCUGCUCUUCCUGAGCAGGAACCACCUGAGCAGCAUCCCCUCGGGGCUGCCCCGCACCCUGGAGGAGCUGCGGCUGGACGACAACCGCAUCUCCACCAUCCCGCUGCACGCCUUCAAGGGCCUCAGCCGCCUGCGGCGCCUGGUGCUGGACGGCAACCUGCUGGCCAACCAGCGCAUCGCGGACGACACAUUUAGCCGCCUGCAGAACCUGACGGAGCUCUCGCUGGUGCGCAACUCACUGGCCGCCCCGCCCCUCAACCUGCCCAGCGCCCGCCUGCAGAAGCUCUACCUGCAGGACAACGCCAUCAGCCACGUGCCCUACAACACGCUGGCCAAGAUGCGCGAGCUGGAGCGCCUGGAUCUCUCCAACAACAACCUGACCACGCUGCCCCGCGGCCUGUUCGACGACCUGGAGAACCUGGCCCAGCUGCUGCUCCGAAACAACCCGUGGUUCUGCGGCUGCAACCUCCUGUGGCUGCGGGACUGGGUGAAGGCACGGGCAGCCGUGGUCAACGUGCGAGGCCUCAUGUGCCAGGGCCCCGAGAAGGUCCGGGGCAUGGCCAUCAAGGACAUCACCAGCGAGAUGGACGAGUGCUUCGAGGGGGGGGCGCAGGGCGGCAUGGCCAACCCCGCUGCCAAGACCACAGCCAGCGACCACGCCUCCGCCACCACACCCCAGGGCUCGCUCUUCACCCUCAAGGCCAAGAGGCCGGGGCUGCGCCUCCCCGACUCCAGCCUCGACUACCCCAUGGCCACGGGCAAUGGCGCCAAGACCCUGGUCAUCCAUGUGAAGCCCCUGACCGCGGACUCCAUCCGCAUCACGUGGAAGGCCACGCUCCCCGCCUCCUCCUUCAGGCUCAGCUGGCUGCGCCUGGGCCACAGCCCAGCCGUGGGCUCCAUCACGGAGACUCUGGUGCAGGGGGACAAGACGGAGUACCUGCUGACGGCCCUGGAGCCCAAGUCCACCUAUAUCAUCUGCAUGGUCACCAUGGAGACCGGCAACACCUACGUGGCAGACGAGACACCCGUGUGCGCCAAGGCGGAGACGGCCGACAGCUACAGCCCCACCACCACGCUCAACCAGGAGCAGAAUGCCGACCCCAUGGCGGGCCUGCCCCUGGCGGGCAUCAUCGGGGGCGCCGCGGCCCUCGUCUUCCUCUUCCUGGUCCUGGGGGCCAUCUGCUGGUACGUGCACCGGGCCAGCGAGCUGCUGACCCGGGAGCGGGCCUACAACCGGGGCAGCCGGAAAAAGGAUGACUAUGUGGAGUCUGGGACCAAGAAGGAUAACUCCAUCCUGGAAAUCCGCGGGCCGGGGCUGCAAAUGCUGCCCAUCAACCCUUACCGCGCCAAAGAGGAGUACGUGGUCCACACCAUCUUCCCCUCCAACGGCAGCAGCCUCUGCAAGGGCACACACACCAUCGGCUACGGCACCACGCGGGGCUACCGGGAUGGCGGCAUCCCCGACAUAGACUAUUCCUACACAUGAUGCCGGCGCCCAGCUCCCGCCUCCUCCUGGCGUGGCGACCGUGUGUCUUGGCCCAGCCUGCUGCCAUCUGACAGAGCAAGGAAGAGGAAUUCCACAGUGACUUUCCCAGCAGAAAGCAGCGUUUGGGGAGGGUUGACAAUUUUGUAGAACACAACAGUGAAAAAAAAAAUUUUUUUUUUAAAGAAGAGAAGGCAGGAGAGGGAUUUGACGUUGCUGAAGACAUAAUUUAUACCAAAUUAUGCCAGGUGGGGAGGGAAAGACUAAAAAUAAUAUUGCAGGAAGGGAUGGGUCGGGGCUUUUGUUUUUCCUGAACUGGAAAGAUGCUACCUGUGCAACGUCUUAUAGGCCUCAUGCUCUGGGCAGGAUUGUCACAAAGGAGCCGUUAGCGAAGCAGCUGACACGCAGAGCCCCCACGCAGCUCUUACUGCUGGCUGCUCGCUGGAGACAACCUGAUGGAAGGUUUUCAGGCUUCUCACAAAGGAGAGGGGAAAAAAAGAUCUUUUGCUAUGGAGAUAUUGUCCUGAAAUCUCUUCCCUGGUUCUUUCCAUGCCAUGUCCCUUACAGAUUUGCAGAAAUAGCGCGUCUUUCGCUGCAUUCUUUGAACAAUGAUGUAGUCAAUUAAAAAGCAAACUUUCUUUUUCCUAUACUGAAGCCCUCCUCAAUUCCAUGCACCCUCCGCUAUGGCAGCCCCAUGGAAGGUGUGGCUUUCGUAACCGCUUGGAGGCGCAUCUACCAACCUGUCUGUUUAUGUCUCGUCUCUAAAUAGACGGGUAGAUAGAGCCACCUACACUGUCCUUACGGUACUUCUUGGGUCAGUUUGUAUAAUUUCCUGAGACAAUAGGGUCACGAUAAUGUUGCUUUCACCUAGAAAUCACUGACUAAGUAGACAACGUGUGUUGGGGAAUGGGAGUAGGGUGGGGGAUAAUGCUGUUCCUAAAGGCAGAGGCAUGUCUAUCCUGGCCAGGUGGCUGGGGAGACCAGGGCAAGGGGUGUUUUCAGUUCAAUCCGAUCUCAGGUUGGCUAGAGGUGGGCCGAGCUCCUUUCUGACAGAGAGCAGAGCUUGGCAGCAUCCUCAUCUCUCCCCCUCCACCCCACAGAUGUAAUCACCUCAACAGCUACUUUCCGAGCAUUUUCUCUACACUAUGCGCUUCCUCCAGAGACAGGUAAUUGUGCAGGGACUUUUUUUCCUUCUAAUAUCAGCUGAUUAGACCUAAUGGUUUCCAUGGCUGCUCAAACAAAGCCCAGAAAAAGACAUGAAAAUUCUCAGAAAAGCCCUGGGAGACAGCACCCCGCCCCACAGAAGGCAGAACACGCAGCUGUGCCCACCCUGGGAACUCCGCUCUAGAUCUCUCUAAAGAUGCCAGCCUCCAAAAGGUACUGACCAGAGCCCUCAGAAGAGUUAAGAUUUUUUUUUUCUGCUCUCUGGAAUCAAUGUUGCUGUCAUUUAUCAACUGACAGUGCUGUUUGGCGAGCCAUGAGAUUAAAACAAUGAUGAAAUAAUGACAGCGAAUCUGGAACGAAGAGAGGAGUGGUGCCUGGGGUUCUGAUGUCUCCCGCAUCCCAGUACGUGGGGAACGCAGGUCACCAUCUGUCACGAUGCCCAUUGGCCGGUGCCCGAGAAGGGCCAUGUCAAAGGAUAGAUGCUGGUCUGAGGGCAGGAGGCAUGAGAAGGGGUCCAGCUCCUGGCCGUGGCGUUUUCAAAAGGCCUCGACUGCUUUGACAAAAGCCAAAGGCAGGAAAAGGAAGCCGAACAACAGUCACAGGGCUGCCGUGACAGGCCUGGGGACCAGCCGCUCACUGGACUUGAAAAGAUAACUGCUGGCCCCACAGUGAAGAAGCCGGGGUUGAAAGAAAUGGACAAAACAGCCACUCAAGCGAGGUGGAGAAGAGACGAGGCCCAGCGCCAGGCUGGAGGGACGGUCUCGCCAGGCAGGGAACCCAGAGCCCCAGCCCCAGGAGAGACCAAGGGCGGGGGCACGCUUCUUUCUCGCCUCCAGCUUUUUCCCUUUCCCCACCUGAAGCAUUUUCUCCUACAAUGAGGUCAGGGGAGAAAACUUUCCAAGCCUUAAUUUCACAUCUGCGUAAAGGCCGGCAGCCCCCCAGACACAAGCCCGCUCCCUGUGGCUCAGGGAGGAGCAGAGGGGCCCUGCUGCCAGAGUCCAGAAGGAGACAGUGCACAAGGGCAUGGGGCGCUGGCCAGGGGUCAGAAGUCCAAGAUCACUGCUGUUCCUAAAAUGCAGCCUCUGCCCUAGAGGCACCGGUCCUGUCUGGCCGGCCCUCCACUGCCAACCCCAGCUCUGCUGCCGACACCCUUGGGCGCUCACCCCAGAUCCUCCUCUCUCCUCUCCCUGAGCCAGGCGGGAGCUCAGACCAUCCUCUUAGAGGCCAGGAAGGCAUCUGGGGAACAGCACGUGGCCCCAUGCGGGAAGGACCACAGGGGAGACCUUGCAGCUUUGAGACCUGCCUGGGUCAGCGGCGCCCUCCAGGCCAGGCCUGGGUGGGCAUCUUUCCUCCCUCCGUGGCACAAAGCAGGUCGAGGCCCACCUGGGCCUGUGGACACAUCGGUCUCCUGCUCCUGGCUCUUGCCCUCGUGGGGUCAGCCCCACCUCGCCCCAGGCUGUGGAACUCAGGCGCCCUCCUGCCAAUGUAAGUGCCCAAGAGAGAGGAGACUCAGCCCCACCGGGGCCCCUGAGCCCCCUCUCAUCUUCUCUGCCCUCAGCAUCCCAACAUCUCCCCAGUGUCCUUUCUGAGAGCGAGCCUCUAAAUGUCCGCUUCCUCACAGCCACCCAAGCCAGAGAUGGGGCCUGAAGCCCAGCCCUCUCUGAAAUCUGCACUGGUCCAGCCUCUCCGGGCCAGCCAUGUAACAUAAUGGUAAAGGAUGCUCCAGAGUGGGCAGCCACGCCCCCCAACACCCCGAGAAGCACGCGAGGACACGAGCCCUGGGCCACCACUCCUGUCUAGAAUCUCCCUUCUGUGGGCAGCCGACCUGACCCAUGCAGCCUCUAACCAUCCAGAACCACCUCACUGGCCUCAGGGCUAAUGAGUGAAUUUUGUGGCAUUUAAGGCAGGUUUAAAGUUAAGGGAAAAAAAAAAACAAAAAAAAGCCCAUGACACUUCUUUGGUUAAGUGGUUUACCCUUCGUGGUAAUUAGAUGUAGUGAUUGGAAUCUCUUUUCUAUUACAUGGCAAUUUUCCUUUAAAUUUCCCCUUUAAAAAAAAAAAAAAAAAAAGGAGGAAAGAGAAGGCAAGGAAAGCGAGAAGGCAGCAGGGCCAGUCAUUUGCAUUUUGCGAAUGAGGCCUCUUGUAAGCUCAGCUCAGGCGUGGGGCCCAACGUAUGGAAUGCUUAAGAGAUUACUAAGAAUAAAAUCUAUUAAUUAGUCAUACUCAAUUCCGCAGACAUGAUGUGCAUCAAAAGCUUCUUUUCCUCCCUUUUUUCCUUCCCUCUUCCCGCCGCCUCCCGCAGGAGCCUCUCUUCUCUAAAUUGGCUCCUGCUUCGCCAACCACCUCCCGUUGACGUGGUGGCUGUGUGGCUGACUGAGGGGCCUGCGGGCUGUAGGGGCAGGAGCCGGGGCCCAGGCUUCCCCAGCCAGAGUCCGUGCCCAUGCCUCUUCCCGCUUCCUCAGUGGGCACUGGCCUCCACCCUCCCCCAGGGGUGUGGGGAGGCCCACCAGCCUGUUUUAUAAAGGAGGGGUGGGCUGAGAAAAGCUGGCGCUCUGGAGGCUAAAUGGAGACUCCUUCCAUCUGCUGAUUCUGGAAGGUUCUAGUUGCCCCCAGGCAGGUGACCGAGGCCCAGAGCGAGAGGCCCAGGCCAGGUGAGGGGUCCUGGGGGUGAGGGGGCUGACCGGGGCCUUGAGAAGGGAAGGGGCCAGGCAAUGCACCUGUACGGCUUCUGCGCCUCCCUUCUUCGCCCCCUUGGAGCUGUAGAGCGAGGGGAGGACACUGCCACCCCCUCCAAUGGCAGCUCAAGUCCCAAAGCCAACCCACUCCAGAAAUCUGCUUCCUGCUGAACGUGCCAGGGAGGACGGGGCUUCUGAGUCUCGCGCUUAUGAAAAAUACAACAAGAAAAAUUGGAUGCGGCAGACAGGGAGCAAUGGAGCUGGAAAGGCAACCGGGAGAGAGCUGGGGCAUUUGCUGCCAGGAGCGGCCUCAGGGCACACAUCGGCCUGAGCCCCCAAGGGCAGGGCUCAGGUAGAGGCAGGGCCAGCUGUGGGUGUCCCUUGCGCAUGCCCCCUGCCCCCAGAUCAGCACAGGUGAUGGGUGGCAGACGCCUGGUGCUGGAUCUGUGCCAGGGUGAAUGCUAACAAGCAAUUCACAGCCCUGUACGGGCCUUCCAGAAUGCAGGCAAAGGAGGCAUCUUUUUUCUUAAGGAGGGAUAAAAAGCCUCAAAAAUGCAAAUCAUUACCGUUUACAACCAAGCGAGUCUGCUAAAUUGAUUAGAAGAGAUUAAACUCCUUGGAGGUGAAGGGAAAGGGAGUUUUUUCACAUUUUAUGAACCUGCCCCCAGUGGCCACAAGCAAAGCAGAGAUUUUCUGGGCCUGGCUCGCAGGGAGCCGGGGGUGUCUGAAGGCUGACACCAGGAGUGCUCCCUGUGCUAAGGAUACACUGUGUUGGGUGGAGCCUGGGCUUGAGCUCCGAGCGGGAAGCGGUUCUGCCUCCACAGAGGGCCUUCGGGCAGCCUCCGGGAUGCAGGGUGGUAACGUGGCCCACGCAGGUCAUCCAGAAGCUGUCCCGGGCCCCAGGCGGAGACUCUGCCCUGCCUCCGUAUCCCACCUGUCUUUGGGGUGAAAAGCCAGGAGGAGUGGCCAGGCCAGUCCCUUAGUGGGGAGGACUCUCAAGCCAUGAGCCUUUCUGCUUCCUUCCUGUUCCAAGGUGGGUCUGUCUCUGAUCCAUUCCCUCCAGCCAGUGUCAGGGAAGCAAGGCCACCGUAAAGGAAAAACAGAAGGUCAGGCAAGGGACAUCUGGCCCAACCAAAAGAAUCAGCCAGUGAGUUCUCUGUCACAGGCAGCAUUCAAGCACUUGAUGGGGAGGUGGCGGGUAUUUUCCUGCCUAAGCCAGUGUCUGGUUCUUUGACGAGAAGAUCUCGGCUCCCACUCUUACUGUACCAUCCCUGAGGACCCUGUCAGGAAGAUAUCAAGAGACGGCUCCAAACGACCAGUGUCUCCUGAAAAUCACGGAUCAGGGCCACCCCACUGCCAGGCCACUCGGCCCCAUCAAUGAGUCACUUGUGCCACCACACUGCCUGCAAAAUUCCCAUGGGUGCACCGCCCCAUCUAGGAGUCUGGACAGACAGGGAGUGCGGAGGGACCCCCCCAACCUGCGGCUGGCGCUCUUGGGGCCACUAGAGGCCACUGCAGCCCUCCCUGCCCCCGUCCCAGGGUGCCUCCCCGCCACCCUCGGUGCCAGGACUGGUGCCCCCUUCCCGAGCUCCCUCCCUGUCCCACCCGCUGCUCCCACGCACAACCCACUCAGCGCUGGCGGCUCCUGCCGUCUCUCCCAGCCAGGUUGACGGCUGCCCGCGGCACUCUUCACUCCACGUUUUUAAGCGUUUACCAUUUCUUUUGAAAUGUUCCCAGUAGUUGCCUGAAAUAUCCACAUUUGCUUCUUUAAAAACACUCACAAGAAGAUUCCCUUGGCUCUUGAUCCCUCUCCCUUUACUUCCUCCCUCCCUUCACAUUUUAAUACAUCAUUUUUCUCCAGUUUCAGAUACUCCAUUAUCUCUGGGGUCAGGCCCACUUUCUCACAUUAAUGUGAUUUGCAGGUUUACCCAAGACACCCCGAAGCUGCACGGGCCAAGCCUGCUGCCCUGCUCGUCACUGGGGAGCCCGGUCACUGUCCCCUUCCACCCGUUACUUGUGCUGGGAGAGCAGUGUGGACAUGCCGAGGGCACAGGGGCCCUGCGGGCUGAGCGGGCCCCCACUUCCUGCCAGGGCCCAUCUAGGAGGCACUGUGGCCAUCGGCGCCCCCAUGCUGCUGUGGCCCUGUUCUUCCCACAUCCACCCAUGCCACCCCCACACCUGGAAGCCCAAAAGUCCAGACCUGGAGAGUCUUUGCAGGAAGGACUCUGUUGUCCCUGCCCCUACAUCUCCUUUGUGACUGUCAGGGUGGCCAGCCACUUGGGCAACAUGCCAGGUCCCCAUGCUCCUCUGCAGUGGGUCACUGAGGCCCAGCAGGACGCCCAGCACCCAGGGGUGUCUCUCAUCUCUUCCUUCCUCCUUGCUUGUCCCUUGGGCUCAGUGCAGAGGGCCCAGGCAAGUGUGUUGGCAACGGCCUCCUUCUUGUCCUGCACCCACCCUGCGGGCAGCUUGGCCCUGGGAGGGGGUACCUCCCCACCAAAGCAUCUCACUCCACCCACCGAUCACCAGCUGAGAGCUUGAUGGGGAAAUCCAGCCAGUCGACAAGAUCCGGCCACCACCUGGGUGACUCGGCUGGCUCCCCCUCUCUGAGCCGAACCUCAGGUGGGUGAUGAGGGCAGAGAACUGGGUGUCCCGCCUUGCCUGACGCUCCUGUUGAGAGUUCCUGCACCCGAGCCACUCAUCUGGAGGAACGAACUAACCAGGCUUUCUCCUCAAGACAGAGGAAAACAAAUACAACACAAACCAGCAAUCAAUGCCACAGCAGACUCGGGGCUGCCACCUGCUCAUUUCCCAGGAGCCGGCAGUUGGGGAGCCGCUCACCUGCCCUGAGCAGAGGCAUGUGCUUGCGGCGUCCAAGACCACCCACCUCUGGGUGGUCCUGUUUUCUAAAGGUCCUGGGUACCCAGGAGGAAGACACACAAAACCCUGAACCUGGCUUAGAUUAUUUUACCCGCCCCAGCACACCACCUGCCAGCAGGGCAACGGCCUCAGCUGAGAAACCCACCCAGCAUCCAGCUCAUGAAGACAGGCUGGGGGCCAUGGGGAGGAAGCCGAAGAAUCCAGCAUUAGAGGUUUGUCAUCUGAGCAGGAGAGAAGCGGGAGAGGUGGUGCUGGAGGAGGGGGACGGCUGCGGGGCCACGAACACAGCCGAGCCAGAGACGCCGUGCAGCUGUGCGAUUCUGCUGCCUGGAGCGGAUGCCCCGUGAUGAAUGACACAGGGCGGGGGCGAAUAGGGAGGCAAAGGAGAAAAGUAAACUAGAAGAAACCCCACGCGUAAGCCUGCAGAGCGAAUGUUCUGUAAGAGCCACCAACCAACGGUGACUUCCCUUUCUGGCGUUCAAAGGUGACCUGUGUCUGGUGAGACGCGAUGUGGCAGGCGCUCUGGGCAGCACCGUGCUCAGCAGAUCGGCCCCCACAGCCAGGGGAGGAGGAGAGCAGGGAGGGGGCCUCGGCCAGACCCUGGAGAGUGGGAGGGUCCCUCUGCUGCAGAAGGUGAAUGUCUGGCCAGACGAGGGCACGGGAGGGCAGGCCUGUGCCCAAGGUCCCUUCUGCCCUUGGAGAGACCCCUGCCAGGGGCAGUCCCAGCUUCCCCUGAGCCCCUGACCCUCCCCUCCUGCACAAUCAGCCCCGGGAGCUGCUCGGCCACUGCUCCUUGUCUUUUUCCUUUUUCUCUGAAGGGCAGAGCAAUCUCGGGGUCUGAGUGACAGGACUACUCCCACUGCCACCUGCGCCCAUCUGAUGCCCAGCUGACCUGGCCUGGCCCUGGGGCCACCUGCCUCCCUCCCAACCUCACCACCAGACACACAAACACCCACCACGACGACGACAACACAAACCAAAGUGCACUGCGAACCGCCCUUGAGCCUCCUUCUUGUAGGUGCCUUGAAAUUUCAAUGUUGAGAUGAAUGUGAUGAACUAUUUGGUCCUAUUUUCUGUUUGUCUGUUUUCAUAUAAAAUGUCCAAGUCCACUUUCCUUGUCCUUUCUUGAAAUAAAUAGAAAGAUUUAACUUUUA